AUGGCUCGGAAGAUGAGCAUGGAUGAGCUGGAGGACCAGCUCCUCUGCCCCAUCUGCCUAGAGGUCUUCAAGGAGCCGCUAAUGCUGCAGUGUGGCCAUUCGUACUGCAAGUCGUGCGUGGUGUCGCUGUCCGCCGAGCUGCCCGGGCAGUUCCUGUGCCCCGUGUGCCGCCAGCGCGUGGACUGCAGCGCCUCGCCGCCCAACGUCACGCUGGCGCGCGUCAUCGAGGCGCUGCAGAGCCGCGCCGAGGCAGCGGCCGCCCCGGAGUCCUGCCCYGACCACCACAACCCGCUCAGCCUCUUCUGCGAGGACGACCAAGAGGUGAUCUGCGGGCUCUGCGGCACCAUCGGCAGCCACCGGCAGCACAGGAUCUCGCCCAUCUCUACCACGUACUGCCGCAUGAAGGAGGAGCUGUCUGUGCUGCUGACCAACGUCCACCAGUGCAAGAAGAACCUGGAUGAGCAGUUCGGCAAGCUCGUCAACAACAAAAUCCGCAUUGCAAACGAGGCAGAUGUCUUCAAGUGCGUGACCCGUAAGGAGUUCCAGGAGCUGCACAAGUACAUUGACGAGGAGAAGGCCACCUUCCUGGAGAGUGUCGAAGGGAAAGCAACCCAGCUCGUCACCUCCAUUGAGGCCCAGCUCAAGCAGACGUCAGAUGCCCUGCAGAGGCUGAAGGAGAUGGAGAGCUCGCUGGAGAUGCUCAACAAUGAAAGCCAACUUGAUUUCAUCCGGGUGAGUGUGCUCAUCAGGGGUCACCUGGCAAAGGUGCUUCCCAGCCUGCAGCUGGGAGAAGGCAUCUUCAGCCCUGUGUCCUUCAAGCCGUGUUUCCAUCAAGAUGACAUCAAGAUGACUGUGUGGAAGCGCCUGCACCGCCGGGUUCUGCCAGCUCCAGAGAUGCUGAAACUGGACCCCGUGACUGCCCAUCCCCUCCUGGAGCUCUUCAAGGGUGACACAGUGGUGCAGUGCGGACUGUACCAGCGCCGCGACAGCAACCCCAAGCGUUUUAACUCCAGCAACUGCAUUCUCACCAGCAAGGGCUUCUCCUGCGGUCAGCACUACUGGGAGGUGAUUGUGGGCAGCAGGAACCACUGGCGCGUGGGCAUCAUCAAGGGUACGGUGAGCCGCAAAGGGAAGCUCAACAAGUCUCCUGAGCACGGCGUGUGGCUCAUUGGCCUCAAGGAAGGGAAAGUCUAUGAGGCCUUCACCACCCCACGGGCCACCCURCCCCUGACUGCCCGCCCCCAGCGCAUUGGCAUCUAUCUGCACUAUGAGAAGGGAGAGCUGACCUUCUACAAUGCCGACAGCCCCGAUGAGCUCAGCCCCAUCUACACCUUCCAGGCGGAAUUCCAGGGCCAGCUCUACCCCAUUGUGGACCUGUGCUGGCCAGAGCGAGGGCCCUACUCGGUGCCCAUCAUCCUGCCCACGCCUGCCGUGAGCCAGCACCCCCACGGGCCCUACAAACAUCCUACCCCUGAGGAACCCACCAAGCUGUAGUGUGUCCAGUGGGAUGAACUGCUGCCCAGGAAAGACUGCGGCUUGCAUUA